ACACAUCAGAUACAAUUUCCUCAACUUGCUCAUAUGGCUCAUGAUUACUUAGCAAUCCCAGCAAGCUCUGUCACUUCUGAAUGUGCCUUCUCUUCAGGUGAAAACAUGAUCACAAAUAAAAGGUCCAAUUUGGCGUCUAAGACUAUAAGAGCAGCCUAG